UAUUUCCGUUUCCGUCUAACCUGACGCGCCCGAUCGAGCAGCCAAGAGAGAAGCUCGGCUAGACGCCAUGUCAAAAGUUGUCCGCGAGCCUAGAAAUAUUUGGAUAAGUUCGUUUUUGUGCAAGUUUUACCUCUGUGUUGUGUCCACGUCGUCCAACCUACCGCCUGUGCUUACACUUGAAGGAGACUCCUGAAAAACGUGCCCUCCACAUCGGACAAGCCGACUGUUUUAGCGGACAAACGCCAGGUGAUAUCAAACAGGUUAGGAGCUCUAUGCGAUCAGCGGUGCAUGGCUGAGGACAGUGGGCAGACAUGGGCACUGCGUGCUGGACUCGGGAGGUCGAAAAAGAAACAGAGAGGCGAAUUCGAGCCAACGAUCCCGAGUAUCAUGCACAGUUUAACUAUGCUAAUAACUACAUCAAGACAUCAAAGUACAGCUUCCUGACAUUCCUGCCAAGAAAUUUAUUCGAGCAGUUUCAGCGGCUCGCAAACUUCUAUUUUCUAUGCCUUCUCGUUUUGCAAAUGAUCCCCCAGAUCUCUUCCCUAACUCCAUGGACUACCGCAGUGCCUUUGGUUGUGGUGCUUUCCUUAACUGCUUUAAAGGAUGCCAUUGAUGACAUUCAACGUCACCAAAGCGACAAUCAGGUGAAUAACCGUCUGUCGAAAGUUCUCCGUGGCAACCAAAUCGUAGAAGAACGUUGGCAUAAAGUACAAGUGGGCGAUGUCAUCUUCAUGGAGAAUGACCAGUUUGUCGCCGCAGACCUGUUAUUACUAUCAACGAGCGAACCUAACGGUCUCUGCUACAUUGAAACUGCCGAGCUAGACGGAGAGACAAACCUAAAAUGUAGGCAGGCGACUCCAGACACGGCAGAAAUGGGGAACAACAAUGAGCUCUUGGGGAGGUUUGACGGGGAGAUUAUUUGUGAAGCACCCAACAAUAAUCUGAACAGGUAUGAAGGAACCUUGUAUUGGAAAGGUCAGACUUAUCCGCUGGACAACGACAAGCUCCUCCUGCGUGGAUGCGUGUUGCGGAACACCCACUGGUGCUACGGUGUGGUCGUCUUUGCCGGACGGGACACAAAACUCAUGCAGAACAGUGGCAAGACCAUCUUCAAACGCACCUCGCUCGACCGCCUCCUCAACAUACUCAUCCUUGGGAUUGUGUUCUUCCUGUUCAGCAUCUGCCUUUUCUGCACCAUCGCAUGCGGAGUGUGGGAAACAGUGACGGGGCAGUUCUUCCGCACCUACCUGCCCUGGGACAAGAUUAUCACCACGAAGAAUCCCGUCGGAGGAGCCACUGCCAUUGCUGUGCUCGUAUUUUUUUCAUACGCCAUCGUUUUAAACACAGUUGUGCCCAUCUCUCUUUAUGUAAGUGUGGAAGUGAUUAGAUUCUGCCACAGCUUAUGGAUCAAUUGGGACGAGAAGAUGUACUACGACGUGAAGGAUGCCCCCGCUCGUGCACGUACCACCACUUUAAAUGAGGAGCUGGGUCAGAUUGAGUAUGUGUUCUCAGACAAGACAGGGACACUCACCCAGAACAUCAUGGCCUUCAACAAGGCAUCCAUUCGUGGACGCCUCUACGGUGAUAUCGUUGACGAGAUCACCGGUGAGUCAAUCGAGAUCACAGAGGACAUGAAGCCCAUAGACUUUAGCGAAAACAAGGAAUUCGAAGAAAGCUUCAAGUUCUACGACCCUGCCCUUCUGAAUGACAUCCGCAGUGGGGACCAAGAUGCGCAGGAGUACUUCCGUCUGCUUGCCCUGUGCCACACGGUCAUGUCUGAGGACAAAGACGGCCGUCUGGAGUACCAAGCCCAAUCACCAGAUGAAGCAGCUCUGACAUCUGCUGCAAGAAAUUUUGGAUUUGUGUUUAAGAACCGUACUCCAAAAAGUAUCACAAUUGAAGUGUGGGGCAAGGAAGAGUCUUACGAGCUUUUUGGCAUUCUAGAUUUCAACAACGUCCGUAAACGUAUGUCUGUGAUAGUUAAAAAGGACGGCAAGAUGAAGCUGUACUGCAAAGGGGCCGAUUCCGUAAUUUUUGAGCGACUACACCCGAGCUCAGAUGAGCUCAAAGCCAUGACCACAGAGCAUCUCAAUAAAUUUGCGGGAGAAGGUCUCCGCACCUUGUGCCUUGCUUACAAAGAUCUAGACGAGUCUUAUUUCCAAGAGUGGUCUGAUAGAUAUCACGAAGCUGCGACGUCGUUAAGUAACAGAGAAGAAUUAGUGGACGAGGUGUAUAAUGAGAUUGAACAAGAACUAAUUCUUAUUGGAGCAACAGCGAUCGAGGACAAACUUCAAGACGGCGUACCCCAGGCUAUCGCCAACAUGGCCGCGGCUGGAAUCAAGAUCUGGGUACUCACUGGCGACAAGCAAGAGACAGCAAUAAACAUAGGCUACUCGUGCCACCUCCUGACUGACGACAUGAUCGACAUCUUCAUCGUCGACGGUGUGGAGCACGAAGAGGUCUACAAGCAGUUGAGCACGUUCCGCGAGAGCAUUGCGGGAGUCCUGGCUCAUGGCCACAGGGAAGGAGACUGUGCCGUCGUCCGUUUCGACGACGAGGACCCGGACGAAAUGAAUCCAUGUUGGGACCAAGGGGAGGGCUUCGGUGGAUUUGCACUCAUCGUCAACGGUCACAGCCUCGUGCAUGCUCUGGGGGAAGACAUGGAAUUGCUCUUCCUCGAAGUAGCCAGCCGCUGUAAAGCUGUGAUAUGCUGUCGUGUGACACCCCUGCAAAAGGCGCUUGUUGUGGACCUUGUCAAAAGGAACAAGAAAGCUGUCACAUUAGCGAUUGGUGACGGUGCCAAUGACGUCAGCAUGAUCAAAAUGGCCCAUAUUGGUGUUGGGAUCAGUGGACAAGAGGGGAUGCAAGCUGUGCUGGCAUCUGACUUCUCGAUAGCGCAGUUCCGUUUUCUGGAACGGCUAUUGCUUGUGCACGGGCGGUGGUCGUACUUCCGCAUGUGCAGGUUCCUACGUUACUUCUUCUACAAGAACUUUGCCUUCACUCUAUGCCAUUUCUGGUUUGCCUUUUUCUGUGGAUUCUCUGCACAGACACUUUAUGACCCAGUAUUCAUAUCUUUCUACAAUGUUUUCUACACUUCUCUGCCGGUACUUGCUCUAGGGGUCUUCGAUCAGGAUGUUAACGACGUCAACUCUAUCCGUUACCCCAAGCUCUACACGCCGGGACACCUCAACCUCCUCUUCAACAAAGUGGAGUUUCUUAAAAGUGUGGCACAUGGAGUGAUCACUUCAUUUGUGUUGUUUUUCAUCCCCUACGGUGCAUUCAGUAAUAGCAUUGCACCCGACGGCGCCAAUCUGGAUGGUCAUCAGCUCUUCGGCACGGCUGUCUCAACAAUAUUGGUGAUUGUCGUGAAUGCGCAGAUUGCUUUGGACACUGCUUAUUGGACCAUCUUCAACCACAUAGUGAUCUGGGGCUCCGUAGCGUUCUUCUUUGCUAUGACGCUAUUCAUCAACUCGGACUUCAUCAACAACGCCUUUAUGGGUUCCUUGCGGAUGACCCUGGGCUCUGCACAGUUCUGGUUCGUCACAUUCUUGACAGUGACCGUGCUGCUGCUUCCUGUCAUAGCCUUCCGCUUCUUCUACGUCGAUGUGUUCCCAACAUUGUCGGACCGUGUAAGGCUCAAGCAGCGACGUGCUAGGAGAGUGCUUCGCGGAUCACGAGGUUCCGCGCCUCAGAUGGGACGUGCUACGAGCGUUCGCAGAAGCAGACGACGCUCCGUUCGGUCCGGAUAUGCCUUUGCACACCAGGAAGGGUUUGGCCGACUCAUCAUGAGUGGAAAGAUAAUGCGGAGGGCCAAAUCUGGCGGGAACUGGAGCAACACGUUGCACGUGCCACCAACAUUACCCAACCAGCCGGACGAACCGUUGUCCUCGCGGGGCCGUUCAACGUCACCAACUGUUGUUGCGUGAUUGGAUGGGCCGAGUUUGAGUGAGAUCUAGAACUCUAGCGCGCCCAUUGGUGUGCCCAUCACAGUGCCCAUGAGACUUUACAAAAGCGCAAGCACGACACAGCGUUGGGCCUCGAGGAGGUGUACCUUUUGCGUUUGGCGUAUUUUAGCAAAUGGUGGUGCCUUUCUGUGCGCAGUCAGAUGUCCCACCUCGGCUGCCAGCGUUAGAGACCUUCUAGGUUGUUUCUAAAUAUAUACCACUUUUGGAAACGUGUGAUGGAAGAUGGAAAAGAGGAAGUGCACUCGAGUGUGAUUGUACAGUACCAUGUGUGGGGAUUUUGCGAUGAUUCUUUUGGGAUGCUACACGUAGCUACCAAACGUGAGGUACAGCAUUUUCAAGCAUAUGAGCCACAGCUCAUACAUGAAGAAAGGGGGAAGAAGAGUGGGGGGGGGGGAUCAGUCGUAGUAACCAGAGGGCGCCACUGAAGGCAAAGAUGGGAUGCUAAGGUAAAAGGUACUAAAAACCAGGUCAACAAAAAACCUGAGAGAGAGAGAAAACAAAAUCUAUUGCAACUUGUUUUGCAAUUUGUGUAACUUCUUUCUCUAUGUAAGCUGUGGCUUAAAUGUAUAAAAUUUUACUGCAAAAUUGCAAUUUGCAGGACCUUGUAACACACAAAAAGGUGUCAAGAUUUACUGUCUUUAACUGGCCCAGGGCUCUGUUCACACGCGCCAACACAUUCCAACAACACAUGUCAAACCGAGAGAUGGCGGGAAUCGAUCCGCCAAGUGGGGACCUUUCACACUUGGUGUCUUAGGCCAGUCACUACUGAUGAGAACAUGGGACACAUCUCUUUCUGCUUCUAACUUCUCUGUAGUGGUUUUUCUCUCCUCAGGCCAUGUACAAACUAGCAAACUUUACUACGUAAUACGACAAAUAAUUUGGCACUCUGCAAUAUUUUAACGAAAACUCCAUCCCUUUGUGAAAAAAAAAAGCACCAUAAAAUUCGUCUGAGACAGGACUGUCGAGUUGCCACAAGACGUUGGUGUACUUGGCGUAUGUGAACAUAGCCUCAAGGUGCUUAUGUACGAUAGCCUGGUCAUCAAUGAUUCUGGUGCAGAUUAACAUCUACUAACCUGGAAAAACUAUUUUUUAUUAGAGAGAAAAUAUUUUUUAUUGUGCAUGUUGUGAAAUGUAGUUAAUGAAAAGAAUGUACCGUCUUUCGAUUUAUGUUACCCCACCAUAAUCUCAUAAAGAGGCAAACAGGUAGACCUCACAUAGCUACAUCUAAGUGUGCUGCGCUCCCUCUUCACCAUACUAAGAAAGAUAAAUCCGAAGCAUCACACAAUUUCUAGGAAGAUGCUGAAGAAAUCAAAUCGUCCACUCAGAUGUACUCACCUGCUUAUUUAUAACAUGCUUGUAUUGUGUGACAUAUAAUUGUGUUUGUGUAAAUUGUAACAUCUUUUGUGAUGCAUAGAAAGUGCGCUUGUUUGUGCACUGGCGCUUUCAAACUUGAGCUGGUGCCGGUGCAUUUCUCUGCAGACAUCACAAUGAAGUGUAUAUAACGCGUGUAACAUGUAAAAAUCUUUUUUUUUAAUCAUAUCACAUGGUGUGUGUGUGUGUGUUUUAGGUUAUGACACCUGAAAAAUGGAUUUUAUAGAAACUUUUGGACGGUGGUUGCGUGAAUUCUACAUCAUUUUUUCUGGAAAACGGUGCUUGGCAAAGCUUAUACCUCAACUAACGCAAGGAUGCACGAAAAUGUUUCUCGCGCGAAACAUUCAUUCAUGAAAUUGUAUUUGUACAGAAAUUUAAGAAAGUUACACUCUGUGACCGGCAAAAGUGCAAUCUUCAAUCGGUUCCGCCCCCACAGUUUUAUACGGCAUGAUUUUCAUUGUCACUGAUGAGGUCUGCGCCUGCAGAUUUCAUUUGCGUUUGUGCCUCCCUGUAUCAAGGUGUUUAUGUACAAUUUAUUACAAACAAGUCCUGUCUGAUAUUGUAGGUUGCUACAUAUUUGUGGAAAAACAGUGUAGCCCCUGCACUGUUUUUCUCGUGCUUCAGUACUUAACGCUGCAUCUGUACACUGAGCUGUUAUUUUUUGUUCUUGUUUUUGUAGGCAAACAACUCAAAGUGCAAUUAUUAUCUCGGUUGCUUGAUGUGCUGUCAUGCAGAAUUCAGAUAUGAACAUAAGGAAGCAUAUAGUAUUGUAGUUUUGUGAUACCCAUGACACUGCGAACCCCAAACAUUUUCCAUUUGUGUGUUCCAGGAAGAAAAACUGAGAUAUGUGUGAACGCAGCUACUUUUUCUGUGUGCUUCCCAGUGAAUGAUAUUCAUACCAGUGUAGUUGUAAUGUGGAUUAUGGCUCCUUACUUGGACUGUGAUGCAUUGUUGGAGCAUUUUAACAUUCUUAGUAUACUACAGGUGACCCAUGUUUAUGACUGCAAAAUCCCUUGGUCCAUUUGAAAUCCUAGUUUGUUUUGCAGCAACGAAUGAUUCUGCAGAUCUUAAAAAGUCCAGGUAAAAGUGCAGGUUCCUUGAACAUGCGGUCAGAGAGUUAGACAGCACAACACAUACAGCAACACUCACUGCAACACCCACUUCACGGACUCAAACUGUAUUUUUCCUCAUUCCCAAGGAAGUUAUAUGUGGACAUAUAGUUCACACCACCUGGCUUCCCUAAUUCUCCUUACUACAUUCUAAUUUCCAUGUCUCCAUGGUGACAUGGAAGAUUCUCAAAAAAGAGGAAAAGACAAAACCUGAGGAUGUGUGCAAAGGAGCAAGAAACAGUAGGAUAUUCAGAGAAGCCAUCUAUGCAGUUCGCUUGUAACACCUGAAUUUUUAUUGAACUGAAUGCUGUCAUUAGACUUAAUCAGUUUACCAUUUACAUCAGAUUGGCUAAGCACAAUCUUUAACUGAAUCUCUCGUGGUGUGAACGGACAAUUUCAGUGCCUGCCUUAGGCAUAUUUCUAGUUACACGAAACAUUAAUGGGACUUAAUAACAGAUUAUGGCAUAAUAUGUUGCUGGAUGUUGUCCAUUUAUAUUGCUGUUCCCCCUUGCAACUACAACAGAGGAGACAUAUCCAUACUAAUCAGAUAUUUACAACAUACAAAUGCGGUGCUGAGGCGUCUUGUGUGUGGCAAGUGUAACGUUUAAACGAAAACUGUAUAUGUGUAUGCACUUUCACGUGCGCAAACUACUAAGAUUCAUCCUGUUUCAAAAGAGUGCCUUAGCAAAGUAGAUGUCAGUGUGUGCAUGUGUGAGUGAACAUCUGUGUGGGAGAGGAGGAGGAUAUUUUUCAUCGCUACCAUAUCAUCUUUGCAAGAAAGUGGGGUUAGGGACGCAUGUUACUGCACUUGUUACGCGACUCUAAGUAAGUGCACAAGAAUAAAGUUUAGAAUAUCAUGUGGAUGGUUUAACAGUGAAGGAACAUUUCCCGUUACUUUUUGUAAAACACGGUGUGUUAAGCUACGGGUUACGGAACCUGCGUAUAUUUGACCUUGUGUGUACUGUGUAAUGAGAAAGCAUUUUUCUUCCAGCAGCUAGCAUCAAUCAAACAACAACAAUUUUAUUUUGUUGAUGAUUAAUGCGGUGUUUCAUCGCCAUAGGCAAUACUGUACCCGAUUUCUCGCGGUUGUUCAGUUGAUGAGCCUCGCAGUGAGGAGCGAGGUCUCAAAAAGAUAGGUAGUUGGCACUAAUCAGUUGGUCGUUUGGUUUAUAUAGUAAUGUGUGCAGCAGGGGCAUAGUGAGAAAUUUCUUGGGGGGGGAUGGAGGGGGCACAAAAUAAAAAUUUAUAUCUUUGCUCCCACAUUUACGAGGCAAAAUGGUGAUCGCCAGCCAGUUGUGACCACAUUUCUUGAGCGCUGCAGCGAAUCAACCUGAGCUUCCAGGAAGAAAUGGCACCGUACAUACAAGGCGGCCUACAUUUUGGGGGGGGGUCUCUAUCCCCCCUAAGCCCCCACCCCACCCCCCUCCCAUGCCCCUGGUGUGCAGCACAACCCUGUUUCACUUCAAAAAGUACAAAUAAGCAGUUAGGCUGAACACUGAGAGGUUAUAUACUGUUGAAAAUAUAUCUACCUAUAUCUUCACUAAUUUUUAGUGCACCUCCCUGGUGAUGGCCAAUUUUUGUAACUGUGAAGUACGGUUAGUAUACAAGUUUUUGACCUCAGUAACUUGGACGUUAGUUAAUAUUCAAUUUUGUUUUUUGUUUUUUCAUGAAUUUAGCACAAUUCAGAUGCCAAUCAUUACUGUAUUACCACACAUUUCCCAGCAUGCUGAGACAUCAGACCAAAGGUGCCAUUUCGAAGAUCCGGCCCACCUCGCAAAAUCCGGCAUGCCGAGAAGUGCACGGUAACAUGGUAACAAAUUAAAAAUCUUGCUGCUACUUUUUUAAGGUCAUUGUUGUAAUACACCCAAAGCAUUUUUGUCCUGCGGCAGUUAUGUGGUAUGCUCAUGGAGGAAGGAAUGGGAGAGGACAGCCUGUUCCACCAGAAUGUGAAGCCGAAAUUGAGGGGCCAACCGUGUCGCUGCACCAAUAAUUUCUCGGAUUUGGUUUUGCAGUUGUCUGCACGGCAGUUUACGGGGCAUUUUUGGAAUGCCUGGAUUGGAUUUUUGUCUUUGUAGCAUGUCAAAAAGACUCCCAAAGUGGCAUGUAAAGUGUUACACGGUCUCGAUAAAAAACUCAUCCCCAAUUCGUGCAUGACAACUUGCCCCCAUGCUUUUCCUCUCGAUUAUCCUCAGGACACCACCUUCCCUUCUUCCUUCCAUGAGUGUGCUAGCGAGUAUUUGGACUAAACAACGUAAUAAUUCACUCUCAGCAAUAACAACACAUAGCUUUUGCCUGCUGAGAGCAUUUGCUGCUCUAGGAAAGGCAUCAUAUGUUUACUUUUUUUUAGCUGGCAGCGCUCACCUUAGAAUGUUCUCUCAAUCUAUAGUACUAACUUGGUUUUCUGUGGGCAUUAUGGAUUAACACCUCAUCUAAUCGCGACUGGUAUUUUUGAGCUGAAUUCACCUUGGUGCUACGAAAAAUAUGAAGAUACCUUAUUUUCAUAUUAAGCUUUGGAAUGGGUUUUGCACGGUCUGUGUGUGUAUGUCUUUUUAUUUAUUGCAUCAUAAGUGGAGUGCAUAUAAUGUUGGGAAAAGAAUGUUUGGAUCUGUGUUCAAAUAAAUGUGGUACUUUUACCUGA